AUGGACGUGUGGUGGAUUUCGCACUCAAAAGUGUUACAUGGCGUGGACCAGCUCAACCCACAGCAGUCGUCUCAAGUUUUAUGCCGACGACGCCCUGGAUGUGACCGAAGCACACACAUUGCGCACAACGCCGACGGCGAUGUGGUCGAUCAGUUCCUCGACUGCCGCUACAACGAUCGAAUGGCCGCCUUUGAAGUUGAAGUGUGUGUGCGCUGGCGCGGCCUACAAGCAAUUGAAGACUCGUGGGAGCCGGCGGCCAAUUUGUUGGAAGACAUUUCAACUGAGUUCAAGCGCUACAUGCGCUCAAACAAGGCCGAUCCCCAAGUCAAGGCGAUGGCAGCUGCGUUGGGAGUGACGCAAUCGUUGGGGGGGAUUGUUGCGAAUUUUCCAUUCGUAGAACCCCUGAACCCCUCCCAAGAAGGUAUCCAAGUGUUCGAUUAG